AUGAAUGAGUCAGGCAGUGUGGAAAAGACCCUUUCAGCAUCUGCUGAAGCGGAGGAGUUCGUGGAAUUUGCCGAAUGGGUGUUCGGUCCGACUGGUCUUCCUAAGCUACAAGUUCUGGCCUUCGGUGACUUUUCCCACAAUGACCGGUUCCAAAAACAACAAUUUCUGACUAGGAGAAACCACGAGGACGAGCAACAAUACAAAAAUCACCAGCAUCCCAGUUGUAACCAUGAACCUAAUUUGAGUCGAUCUUUCUGUGCUGCCAGUUCAGCCGAUACUUCCGUCUGGGAAAACCUUCGGAUUGAUGGAGCUCGGUUCCUUUCUACUUGUCCAGCCAGUGGAUUGAUUGAAUCUCCCUUUGAACUGUAG